GAAAAUUAAAGAAAAUAGAGGAGAAAAAUGUGUCCUACCGAGUCAUAAAGGAAUAAACGAGAACAACAAGAGAAUGUUCUUCUUUUAUUCUUUCACGCUGUAACGCAAUAUCUUUAUAUCAUCAACUUCUGGCUACUUUUCCGAUCACUUUUAGUUGAUUAAACUACAGAAGCUUCAUUGUUGAAUUGAGGUGCAUAAUUGGAGUAAUUGAAGAAGAUGAGUGAGGUGUUUGAAGGUUAUGAACGUCAGUACUGCGAACUUUCCGCUAAUUUGUUGAAAAAGUGUACUUCUGCUAGUCUUGUAGAUGGAGAACAAAAGAAACAAAAACUUUCUGAAGUGAAAGCAGGUUUAGAUGAUGCUGAAUCUUUGAUCCGUAAGAUGGAUAUUGAAGCAAGAAGUUUGCAGCCCAAUGUGAGAGCCGUGCUUCUUGCUAAGUUGAGAGAAUAUAAAUCUGAUCUGAACAACUUGAAAAGUGAAGUUAAACGAAUUUUAUCAACCAACUUAAAUCAGGCUGCUAGAGACGACUUGCUCGAGUCGGGCAUGGCUGAUGCACAAAUGGUAUCAGAAGAUCAAAGAGGGAGAUUGCUAAUGUCAACUGAGAGACUAAAUAAAUCGAGUGACAGAGUCAGGGAAAGUAGACGGACAAUGCUGGAAACAGAAGAACUUGGGGUUUCGAUUCUCCAUGAUCUGCACCAACAGCGACAAUCACUUUUACAUGCCAAUAGCACGCUUCAUGGAGUGGAUGACAAUAUUAGUAAAAGCAAGAAAGUUCUAACAGCUAUGUCAAAACGGAUGAGCAGGAACAAGUAUAUCAUCGGCACUGUGGUUGCUGUACUUGUCUUGGCAAUCAUCUUGAUUCUGUACUUCAAAUUGAAAAAUUAGGUUCUGAAUAUUCACUUUUACUGGUGCUUCUCCAUAUGUCAAUUUUCUGAGUGGUGGUUGUGUUAGUUUCGCGAGUGUGCAAGUUUUAACAGUAAAUUUGUUCAUGAAUGGAGAUGUUAUCGAAGAUUUGUUUGUUGUUGACAAAAUUUGUGUAUAAAAAAAUAGAGUGACCUGGUCUGUAAAAUCUUUUAUUGUUUCGUUGAUCAAUGACAAUUUAGUAUGGAAAUUGUAUUUCGUGGAUAUUUGAAUGUAAAAUAGCAUUCGCUGCUCCCUGUAA